AUGGAAAAGAAGCCAGGACAUAUUCGAUUAAAGACAUCACUCCACGAAUCUGAGGUGGUUCAGAUUUCAAGUGGAGUAUUCGUAUACGUGAUGGGAGACUAUGGAGAGGAGGUAUCUGUACUUAUCGAAAGAAUUCUAACAACGUUCUCCAUAAUCGAUCAAGUAAAAUACUCGAAAAUAUUCGGAAACAUCCUGCUUUUUGGGACUCUUGCAGCCACUUUAGCACAAAUCAAGGCGGAUGGGGCUGAAGGUUGGAACAACUACGCUAAUCAGCUAAAUUGGGGAAAACAAUGGACAAUACUGACAAACUGA